UCUCUCACUCACAUUCUUCUACUAUAUCUCUCUCUCUCUCUCUUCAUUACUCUCGCAAGAAAAUGGGAAGUAUUCACCUUCUCCAAGCAUGCGCAAUAUUAAUCUCAUUACUUGUAAUAGUAAUACCAAGCAGCUUUACUGCAACUUCUGCUGAGCUUCUUCCCAUCUUUCACUCUCAUCCUUACUCUUUUGCUCCUUCUCUAGCACCUUCACCCGCCCCUUCCCACCACCACCACCACCACCAUAACCACCACUCUCCCUCUCCUUCGCCGGCUUACUCACCAGCCAAGCCACCUACUUCGGCUCAUGCCCCCGCUCAUUCUCCUUACAGCGCCAAGCCGCCAACUAAGGCGCAUCAUCAUGCACAUGCUCCUUACUAUAGUGCUAAGCCACCAACUAAAGCUCAUGCACCUGCUCCUUACUAUAGCGCUAAGCCGCCAACUAAGGCUCAUGCUCCUGGUCAUUACAGCGCCAAGCCGCCAACUAAGGCUCAUGCACCUGCUCCUUACAGUGCCAAGCCGCCAACUAAGGCUCCAGCUCCAUAUAGUAAGCCGCUGCCGAGGAAACUGGUUGCUGUUCAAGGGGUUGUUUACUGUAAGAACUGUUCUUAUGCUGGUGUUGAUACUCUCUUGGGUGCCUCUCCUCUUUCUGGAGCAACGGUAGAGUUAAGGUGCAGGAACACAAAGUACACGAUAAAGAAGACAUCAACAACAGACAAGAAUGGGUACUUCUUCUUGCAAGCCCCAAAAUACAUCACCACCUAUGGGGUCCACAAAUGCCGAGUCUUCCUAAUAGAAAUGCCCAAGAAAGGUGGGCCCUGCUCCCAUGCAACCAAUCUCAACGGUGGAGUUUCAGGCGCUUUUCUCUUCUUUAACAAAAAGUUGACCCCACCACCUAAACCUUUGCCCUUCUCUCUCUUCACGGUGGGACCCUUGGCCUUUGAGCCUCCAAAGUGUUACAAACACUAGCAAGUACCAAGUGACGGAAAAACUUUAUCUAUCCAGCGGAUGAUCCACCCAUUAGAUAUAGAUUUUAAUAAUUAGUAGAGUACAACUCAUCAGAAUUAAUUAUUUUAUAGUCGUCUAUUUCUUAUGAGUAGUCUGUUCAAUGGAUAAAUAUAUCAAUCUCCGCAAGUGACUGAAUGAGUGAGUAGUUCUAGUAGUAUAAUGACUAGUGAGUGGUCAAAAAAUGAUAGUUCAAAUUUCGAAAGUUUACUUAUUUAGUUCCCCAUGCCUUUGCUGGUUUGUCUUCUUUUUAAGCUACUGUGAUGUUGUCGGGUGUUAUUGUUGGUAGAAGAUAUGAUAGGGAGAAGAGAAAAAAAGAGUGGUAGGACAGUAUGGUGCAUGUACGUCUUUUAACAAGGAAGAACAAUAAUUAAUGGGAAAGAUUAUUGCAUGGUA